AAGAGCGACGAUUUGUUUUCAGCAGGUUAUCAGAGAGCGAUGGCUCGACAUCUAAUCGAAGCGAUCAAGAAGGGUGAUGUCGAACAAGCGAAAUAUUUUCUUCUCAUCGAAAAGUACGGCUGUGUGGAUUGUCAAACGGUCAGGAGGGAUGGAACGGCGCUGUUCUGGGCCUGUGCCAAAGGGUUUCUGGAACUUGUACAGUUGCUCAUGACGAAAGGUGCCAGUGUCAAUGCCAGAAACAGUUACAAUGCCACGCCACUGCUGGCUGCAGCGGACCGUAAUCGCUACCACAUCAUGAGAUUGCUAAUCCAACAUGGCGCAGACGUGAACGCGCAGACGACGAGUGGGGACACGCCCUGCCACCUGGCGGCGUACCGAGGACACCGGGAGGCUGUCAAAGUCCUGGUGGAGGCCGGAGCUGACCUGGAGAUGACCAACGCCAGGUUCCGCACACCUUACGACGACGCCGAGCGCCAGGGUCACUUCGACCUCCUGCCACUGCUGGACGCCGCCAAUCAAAACUGUAAAGCAAAUCACCGAAACCCACCACAUCAGUCGGGUCUAACCCGAUGACGUAUCUUCUUCCUCCAGGCUUCGAACGCCGAAAUUCCAGUGGCGACAUCGCUGGCUACGACAGCCUCUCCCGCGAGAGUUCCUACGACGAGUGCAGCGUGGACAGCCGCAUCGACCUUCCGGACACAUUGCACAGCGGCGACUUCCACGCCAACGGGCUGUGUGCUUUUCCGUCCAAAACCGCCGUGUGCAGCACCAUCCCAGACACCGCCGUCUCCCUGGCAACGGACGACCUCUCACUGGUGGUUUCCAACGACUUGUCUUUUGUCUCGGAGAGCUCCACGACCAAGAAGCAUUCUAUCCCGAGACUCAAUAUACCUGUGAACUAACUUUAUAUCGAAACAAUUAAUAUCAUUAGGUGUCUGUUGGCCAAUCAGUUUUUACCAGUACUUAUCCAGUAAACACCUCAGAUUAUUUUAGAUUUACGAAAAAUGGAGUUUGUGAGUAAGACAGGCCAAGUCGUUGUGUGUGUGUGAGAGAGAGAGAAAGAGAGACAUGUAUCCGAGUUUGUGAACUGAUGUGAGAAUGUCGUUGUUACUUGACUGAUUAGAGGUAAAGUUACUCGACAAUGUUUGUCGUAGUCUGAGUUUACAAACUUUGCUGUAAGUAAAAGUGAGUGUGGUGACUACUACAAAACAUGCUGAAGCGCUUUCACUUGCCAUUAAUUGUCCAUGACUCGUCAGUAUGAUGAUUACCUGUUGAUACAUUUACUUUAUUUAGACUAUCAGAAUAUAGAAUUAUAACUGUGAGAUACCUCAUCAUGCUCAUCAUGUUUGUGGCAGAGACAAAUAUCAGUACAUAAACAGUUAAAUAAUGUAAAAUAGUCUUAAUUAGCCGCGUGCGGGAUCCGGUCCCCAAAUGUAAGGGGAAUAAAUCUGUGUGUGUGAGAGUGAGAGCAUAGUUUUCAUUACCUCCCUUGAAGCAAUCAUUUUUACAACUAAGGUUACUGACAUCUGCUCAAAAUGUGGGUUUUCUGAGGCAGAAUGAAUGAUGAAAUCAAACCUCUAAGGGUUCGCAGGCAAUACAUUCCGAGAGAGCGAAGUCUGUGAUGUUUGCUGCCUAUAAACCACUUGUUAAUGUUGUGAGUUCAAACAUUUGUGUUGUUUGAAUUAUAUAUUCCUUACCCCCUUGUCCCCUUCUAUCCAUGACUAAGGACCUCUUUGAUAAGUUGUCACUAAUUAUCAGUUUCAACCAACUGUUUGUAUUUUUAAUUACUCGCGUAAGAAGACAAUAAUGAUGGGGAACCCGUGUCAACCUUAGCACAGGGCCUCAUGAGUUUAUUUUCAAACUCAAGGUGUACAUUGUGCUUUCAAAAACUAGCAAACAAAAAAAGAAACAGUUCAUGUGAAUCACUUGCUGUGAUCUCUUGAAGCACCGAUGUGAUCUCAGCUUGAGGCGAGACUACAGGUGAAACGAAGUGUGUUGUGCGGUGACUGGAGUACUGAACGGUUUAUGUGUGUGACUUGGUGACAUGUUUGUACUCAAACCUUUGUUCUGUUGCAAAUGUAUUUAUUUAGCAUGUUGUGAUCAGAGCCAGUCUGGCUGCUAUGUUCAGGCAAAAAAUAAAUUAUUGAAGGAAACAAAA